ACGGGGCGGAUACACGUCAUGUCACAUAUGUAAAAGCUAAUCAUUUAACUUGUUCAAAAUCUAGAUCCUUUCAAAGUUACAAAAGUGAACGUAAAAUGCUGCGCGAGCACAGUCGAACGUUGGACCUUUUGGCGGCUACCAAAAAUAUAAAUUUCGUAAUGAUAUCGAGACUAGUGGUUUUAUUUUUGUUAUGUUGGAGGGUAGGGGGUUUCCCUGAUGGGGCGCCGAUAGACGCAUGCGUCAAGGAUCGUGCAAAUCAGCCGAAUCACGGCCAGCACAGGACACAGCCGUUGUCAACAAUACCCUACAGAUUUGUCGCAUCUUCAGCUAUGUAUCGUCCUGGAAUGCGCAUCACUGUAUCAAUUGAAGGAGUAGAUACCUUCAAGGGUUUCUUCAUUCAAGCACGUUCAGUGGAAACAAAUGACUGGAUUGGGGCUUGGGAGAAGACACCCAACACAACUGUGCACCCUGAAUGCUCGUCUGUGACACACGCCGAUCCACGAGACAAAUCUAGGGCUACACUUGUAUGGCGUUCACCGCAGCAUUCUCAUGGCAGAGUGUAUUUCACGGGAACGAUUUUAAAGAACUAUGGAACAUUUUGGUCCAAUCUAAUUGCCGACGCACCACAAGAUCCUGCCGAUUUACAAAUUAUUGGCUAAAAGAUAAUUAAGAUUUUUGUAUUCUUAUUAAGCUGUGAAAUGUAUA